CUCCCCCUCCCCCUCCCCCCCAAUUUCCACCGCGGCCAAUUCAUGGACAGGAACUACCCCAGCGCCGGCUUCGGGGACCCGCUCGGCGCCGGGGCGGGAUGGAGUUACGAGAGGUCAGCGAAAGCUAGCUUGGUCUAUGGCAGCUCCAGGACCUCGCACCCCGAGACGGACAUCUUACACCGACAGGCCUAUGCGGCCCCCCACCCACUGCAAAGCUAUGCCACCAACCACCACCCGGCAGGCCUCUCUGGACUCUUUGACACUGGCCUCCACCACGCCAGCUCAGCGGGGCCCGACGCCUCCGUCAUGAACCUCAUCUCAGCCCUGGAGUCCCGGGGCCCCCAGCCUGGCCCUUCUGCCUCCUCUCUUUUGUCCCAGUUUCGCAGUCCUUCCUGGCAAACAGCCAUGCACACUCCAGGCCCCACGGAGCUCUUCAUCUCGGGUGCCCUCCCGGGUUCCAGCACCUUCCCAUCCUCCUCUGCCCUGUCGGCCUACCAGCACCCGGCUUCCUUCGGCAGCCGCCCCUUCCCAGUGCCCUCAUCCCUCAGCCUCCAGGACCCCCCAUUCAGCCCUCCUGCUAAUGGGCUCCUGUCCCCUCAUGACGUGCUACACCUGAAGCCCUCGCAGGCACCCACUGUGCCCUCCUCGUUGGGCUUUGAGCGCCUGGCAGGGGGCAGUGUCCUGGGGCCUGCAGGUCUUGGACCAGCCCAGACACCCCCUUACCGCCCUGGUCCACCAGAUCCGCCCCCACCUCCUCGCCACCUCCCAACUCAGUUCAAUCUGCUGGCUUCUUCUUCUGCUGCCGCCGCCGCCGCCGCCGCUGAACAGUCUUCCCCACAGCUCUACAACUUCUCCGGUGCUGCUCCAGGCCCUCCGCCACCCGAGCGGGCCCUGCCCCGCCAGGACACUGUCAUCAAACACUACCAGCGGCCAGCCAGUGCCCAGCCACCCCCACCCCCACCACCUGCCCAUGCCCUCCAGCACUACCUGAGCUGUGGAGGCAGCUAUCCCUCCAUGGGCCACCGGGCCAACUUGGCCUGCAGCCCCCUGGGUGGUGGUGAGCCCUCCCCGGGUGCUGGCGAACCCAGCAAGGCUGGUCCUAGCGGAGCCACAGCUGGAGCAUCAGGCCGGGCCACCGGGCCAGAGGUGGCUGGGGGCGGGGGAGCUGGGGGUGGUGGUGGAGGCUACCGCCCCAUCAUUCAAUCCCCUGGUUAUAAAACAGGCAAAGGUGGUUAUGGAGCCACUGCAGGGGGUGCCACCAGACCCCCACCACCCCGAUCGACUGCCACACCCAAAUGCCAGAGCCUGGGGGGGCCAGCAGCAGCAUAUGCCACAGGGAAGGCCUCUGGAGCUGCGGGAGCUGGGGGCCAGGCCUAUUCCCCUGGUCAGCCCCAAGGGCUCCUGGGACCCCAAGCCUAUGGGCAGGGCUUUGGAGGGGGUCAGGCACAGGACUUGAGCAAAGGCCCCAGCUACUCAGGGGGCCCCCCGCAGCCUCCCAGCGGCCCACCACCUCCUGGCCUAGCCACAUGUCAGAGCUACUCCCCUGACCAACUGCAGGGGCAGCUGUAUGGGGUGCAGGGCGAGCCGUAUCCAGGGCCUGCUGCCCACUCCCAGGGACUGCCUACAGCCAGUCCCUCACUCAGCUAUAGCACUGGCCAUUCCCCAGCACUCUCGGGCCAUGGAGGUGGCUGGGGACCCAGCUCCCUGGGAGGUGGCGGGGAGGCCAGCCCCUCUCACAUCAUUCGCCCACUCCAGUCGCCACCUGCCACUGGCCGCCCGCCUGGAGUGGGAUCUCCAGGAGCCCCUGGCAAAUACCUGAGCUCAGUCUUAGCCUCUGCCCCUUUCCUGGCACCCCCGGGAGCCAGCAGCUAUGCAGCCGGAGCAGGCGGCUACAAGGGCAAAGGUGAUGGCUCUGAGCUGCUGGCAGGCCCUGGCGGCCCCCCUGCUGAGCGCACUGAGGAUGAAGAGUUCCUCAUUCAGCAUCUCCUGCAGGCGCCCAGCCCCCCGCGGACCUCAGGGGCAGAGGGCUUGGUGGGCGAGGAGGGGGCAGCAGAUGCCUCCAAGGGACUUGGGGGUAGUGGUGGGGCUGGAGGCCCACCAGGCACACCCUACGAGUUGGCCAAGGAAGAUCCCCAGAGGUACCACCUGCAGAGUGUCAUCCGUACUAGUGCCAGCCUGGAUGAGGGGGCCACUGCAGCCCUGGAGCUGGGCCUAGGAAGGCUGAAGGAGAAGAAGAAAGGGCCAGAGCGGGGCGGCGAGACCUCUGAGGGACUGGCCACCUCUGUGGUCCACUAUGGGGCAGGUGCCAAGGAGCUGGGGGCUUUCUUGCAGAAGAGUCCACCACCCCCGCCGCCCACAGCCCAGCCUGCCCAGCCCAACCCACAUGGGCUCCUCCUGGAGGCUGGAGGCCCCGACCUCCCCAUGGUGCUGCCUCCGCCCCCACCCCAGCUACUACCCUCGGUCCUUAGCCAUGCCCCCAGCCCCUCUCCUGGCACCCCCAAAGUGGGUGUCCACCUCCUUGAACCAGCCACUCGGGAUGGGGCGCCCCAGCCGCCUCCACCGCCACCCCCACCCCCACCACCCAUGCCUCUCCAGCUUGAAGCCCACCUCCGAGGCCACAGCCUGGAGCCUGCGGCACCCAGCCCACGCCUGCGGCCAGAGGACAGCUUGGAGCCUCCAGGUGCCAUGCAGGAAUUGCUUGGGGCCCUGGAGCCCCUGCCCCCGGGGCCUGGUGACACCAGUGUGGGGCCACCUAACUCAGAGGGCAAGGAUCCAGCUGGUGCCUACCGAAGCCCCAGCCCGCAGGGCACUAAGGCCCCACGCUUCGUGCCGCUGACCUCCAUCUGCUUUCCUGACUCCUUGCUUCAGGACGAGGAGCGCAGCUUCUUUCCCACCAUGGAGGAGAUGUUUGGUGGAGGGGCAGCGGACGACUAUGGCAAGACCGGGCCACCUGAAGAUGAGGGGGGUCCCAAGACAGUUGGGCCACCUCCAGGUCCCCCUGCCUAUGACCCCUAUGGGCCCUACUGCCCUAGUCGGGCCUCUGGAGCUGGCCCUGAGACACCAGGCCUGGGCCUAGACCCCAACAAACCCCCUGAGCUGCCCUCCACCGUCAAUGCCGAGCCGCUGGGCCUGAUCCAGAGCGGGCCGCACCAGUCUGCUCCACCGCCACCACCACCACCACCACCUCCCCCACCUGCCUCGGAACCCAAGGGGGGCCUCACCUCACCCAUCUUCUGCUCAACCAAGCCAAAGAAGCUGCUCAAGACAUCCUCCUUCCACCUGCUGCGGCGCCGCGACCCACCCUUCCAGACGCCCAAGAAGCUGUAUGCCCAGGAGUAUGAGUUCGAGGCUGACGAGGACAAAGCCGAUGUUCCUGCUGACAUCCGCCUCAACCCCCGGCGCCUGCCUGACCUGGUGUCCAGCUGCCGUUCCCGGCCAGCCCUUUCACCACUGGGUGACAUCGAUUUCUGCCCACCCAACCCGGGCCCAGACGGACCCCGGCGCCGAGGUCGCAAGCCCACCAAGGCCAAGCGCGAUGGCCCUCCCCGGCCGCGGGGCAGGCCUCGGAUUCGCCCACUGGAGGUGCCCACCACCACAGGGCCUGCCUCAGCCUCCACUCCUGAUGGACCCAAGAAGCCCCGGGGCAGGGGCAGGGGCCGGGGCAGGAAGGCAGAAGAGGCAGGGGGCACCCGGUUGGAGCCCCUGAAGCCACUGAAGAUCAAGCUGUCUGUGCCCAAGGCUGGCGAGGGUCUUGGAGCUUCGUCAGGUGACGCCAUAUCUGGCCCGGACCACAACAGCCUGGACUCAAGUCUGACACGGGAGAAGAUUGAAGCAAAGAUCAAGGAGGUAGAGGAGAAGCAGCCGGAGAUGAAGUCUGGCUUCAUGGCCUCUUUCCUGGACUUCCUCAAGUCAGGCAAGCGCCACCCACCACUCUACCAGGCAGGCCUGACACCGCCGCUCAGCCCACCCAAGAGCGUCCCACCCUCCGUGCCAGCCCGAGGCCUGCAGCCCCAGGCUCCCACUGCCCCGGCAGUGUCACAUCCUCCUCCUGCAGGCGCCUUUGGGCUGGGGGGUGCCCUGGAGGCUGCUGAGAGCGAGGGCCUGGGGCUGGGCUGCCCUUCGCCCUGCAAGCGGCUGGACGAGGAGCUAAAGCGCAACCUUGAGACACUGCCCUCCUUCUCCUCCGAUGAGGAAGACUCUGUGGCCAAGAACCGAGACCUGCAGGAGAGCAUCUCCUCAGCUAUCUCUGCCCUGGACGACCCACCCCUUACGGGGCCUAAAGACACUUCCACCCCAGAGGAGCCACCAUUGGCCACUGCAGCAGCAGUCACGGGGCCACCCCCUCUCCCAGGGCUCCCCAGUGCUGACAGCAGUGGCACGCCCGAGCCCCCGCUACUGGAAGAGAAGCCCCCACCCUCCCCACCUCCUGCCCCGACGCCUCAACCUCAGCCUCCGCCGCCCCCUCCGCCACCACCGCCAGCCCUGCCCUCGCCACCCCCUCUGGUGGCCCCUGUGGCCAGCUCGCCGCCUCCGCCUCCGCCUGCGCCACAGCUGCCACCGCCUCCGCCUCCGCCUGCCCUGCCCUCUCCGCCCCCGCCCCCGCCCCCGCCCGCCGCAGCCCCGCCACCUGCCCAUCCCGAAGAGCCUGCUGCCCCAUCCCCAGAGGACCCCGAGCCCCCCGACGCUCGCCCCUUGCACCUGGCCAAGAAGCAAGAGACCGCAGCUGUGUGCGGGGAGACCGAUGAGGAGGCUGGGGAGAGCGGCGGCGAGGGCAUCUUCCGGGAGCGGGACGAGUUUGUCAUCCGAGCCGAGGACAUCCCGUCCCUCAAGCUGGCGCUGCAGACGGGGCGUGAACCCCCACCCAUCUGGCGCGUGCAGAAGGCCCUUCUGCAGAAGUUCACUCCCGAGAUCAAGGACGGCCAGCGACAGUUUUGUGCCACCAGUAAUUAUUUGGGGUACUUUGGGGAUGCAAAAAAUCGCUACCAGCGUCUGUAUGUCAAGUUCCUGGAAAACGUCAACAAGAAGGAUUACGUGAGGGUGUGCGCUCGGAAACCCUGGCACCGGCCCCCAGUGCCCGUGAGGCGCUCUGGACAGGCCAAGGGACCCCCAUCUGCACCUCCUCCCAAGACCGCCGCACCACCACCCAAGCCUGAGCCACCUGAGAAGGCGCCAUCAGAGAAGCCCCCAGAGCAGAUGCCUGAGACAGCUGUCCCCGAGCCUCUGGCCCUUGAGAAGCCAUCGCCACCACGGCCGGUGGAGAAAGAGAAGGAAAAGGAAAAGGAGAAAGAAAAGGAAAAGGAGAAGGAGAAGGAGAAGGAGAAGGAGAAGGAGAAGGAGAGGGUGACACGAGGGGAGCGGCCAACACGGGGCGAGCGGGGCGUAGGUGGGCGGCAGACCCGGCCCGAGCGCAGCCUCACCAUGGCCCAGCCCCCCACCACUCGGCCCCCCAAGGCCCGGCUGCCCAAAGUGAAAGCUGAGCCACCCCCGAAGAAGAGAAAGAAGUGGCUGAAGGAGGCGGUGGGCAAUGCCUCAUCAGGUGGGGGGCCAGCAGGCAGCUCCUCGGACUCAGAUUCCUCACCUGGAGCUCCCAGCGAGGAUGGUGGCCCUAGAGAAAGAAGGAAUCACAAAUCUGUGCCCCAUCUUCCCCCAGAGCGGGCAGUACCGGGGCGUCUGCUAAAAACUCGGGCCAUGCGGGAGAUGUACCGGAGCUAUGUGGAGAUGCUAGUGAGCACGGCCCUUGACCCAGACAUGAUCCAGGCCCUGGAGGACACGCACGAUGAGCUGUACCUCCCACCCAUGCGGAAAAUUGACGGUCUCCUCAAUGAGCACAAGAAGAAAGUCCUGAAGCGGCUGUCGCUAAGCCCAGCCCUACAGGAUGCCCUGCACACGUUCCCACAGCUGCAGGUGGAGCAGAGUGGGGAGGGCUCCCCUGAGGAGGGCGCCGUGCGGCUGCGGCCAGCCGGGGAGCCCUACAACCGCAAGACCCUGAGCAAGCUCAAGAGGAGCGUGGUGCGAGCCCAGGAGUUCAAGGUAGAGCUGGAGAAGUCCGGAUACUACACCCUCUACCAUUCUCUCCACCACUACAAAUACCACACCUUCCUGCGCUGCCGGGACCAGACCCUGGCCAUCGAGGGAGGCGCUGAGGACCUGGGCCAGGAGGAGGUGGUCCAGCAGUGCAUGCGGAACCAGCCGUGGUUGGAGCAGCUCUUCGACUCGUUCAGCGACCUGCUGGCCCAGGCCCAGGCCCACAGCCGCUGUGGGUGACCCCAGCCCCAGGGCCACCUCCUCCGCACUCAUGAUCGAUGGAGAUUAGAGAAUUGGGACAGAACUGUCUCCUCAGGAGCUCGGCCCUGGGCUCCCUCGCUUUGGGGAAGGGGGUGUCACUGGUCAGGGUGUGUCUGUGCUGCCCCCCAGGGCAGGGUUCAGAGCGUGACUCCUCCUUCUCCCCAGCCCUCUCUCCCUGCCCCCUUCCUCCGCUGUUCGGUGUACAGAGAAAUUAUUUAUAUAUAUGUAUAAAUGUCUAUUUAGUAACGGUUUCCCUUGCCCCUCUGCCCAUCCCCCCUCCAUGGCCAUAGCCCCCCCACCUUGUACAUAAUGUAUAGGAAAAGUCUAUGUAUGGUUGCAGGGGGGUGGAGUGGCUUCAGAGAGCUGGGGGACCCCUCUCCCUCCCCAAACCCCUAGGCCAAGAUCUUUGCUAACGGCCAUUCCUUUCCCUAGGGCAUUUGGCGUCGGGUGGGAGGGGAAAACGCAUCUUGUUAAUUAUUUUUAAUCUUAUUUAUUGUACAUACCUGGGGCUGGGGAGGUUGGGAGGUAGAGGGGGAAGGGUCCCCUCCCUCUUCCCACUCCUUUUCUACGGCAAUUUGUCUGUCUGAUCCCCUCCCUCAGCCCCCUCCCCUUGUCGUCUGGAUGUGGUUCUAUUUUUUAAUCGGCCCAUUCCCUGGCUUCCCCCUCUGUCCUGUGCCCCCACCCUCCCUGUAUCCCUCGUCUCCUACUCUUUCUUGGGCAUCUACAACUCACCUUGUAUACACUGUGUACACAACCAGCCAAACGAAACCCAGCGGCAACACUUUACUUGCGGGCUGGAGUCCUCUGUCCUUCGGCGUGGGGUGGCCAGAGAUGGGGACAGAGGGUCUGGGCUUGGGCUUUUCUAGAGCCCUAGAGGGAGGUGGUCUGUAGUCAGGUGUGGGCUAGGUGUGUUGACAGCCUAAGUGCCACAUCUCAGAACUUAAUAACUGCAGAGCAACAAUCACUGAUUGUCUUAGUUUCCUUUUUUUUUUUUGUUUGCAGAACUGGGGAUUGAACUCAGGCCCUUGUGCUUGCCA